AUGUCUAUGGACGCAACUCAAGACCUUGCUGGGGCCCCUACGGACGCAGCAGUGAUAGCAAAUCUCAAGCGCUCCGAUUUGAAUGAAUUUGACAAUGACAGCCCCCAGCAGCAGCCGCAUCCUGUCAAGGGUGUGCAGAGCGUGCCUUGUGAGGGGGGAACCCUAGCGCGGCCUGCCAACUCUGCAGGGGAAAGUUCGAUUGCUGCUGCGGGCUGCGUUUCGGAGGGCGCUGUGGGGCCUGGAGCGGAGUCUUCUCUUGUUCCCCACGAGUCCUUUGUCAGGUGUGCUACAUUUCGGUCUUCCGGUAGCAGUUCAGAAGUCCAUGGGCUGCCUCUACAGCGCAGCCAGUCAACGGUCUUGAGCCCUAAUGCUCAUAUGGCGGCUGUCAGUUACCUCGAUGCCUUCCACCAAAAGCAGCGCAACCAAGACACCUACGACCUGCGACGGAGGCACGAGGCUCUUGACACCCUCAAACAGUGGCAAAGGCCUCCCAAGCCAAGCAGUUCGCGCGGAGGGGAGACGAGCGCUGGAAUGCCGCGGAUAGAGAGGGCACCUGCGCGUGGGUUUCCUUGUUCCCCCCAGGAGGGGCCACACGGAGGCCCCUCGAGCGCAGGGUCUGCAUCUUCCCGUUCGCGGCAGCAGCUGGUGGGGGAAAUGGCUGCUUUGUUUAGCCGUCUGUGCUUGGGAGGAGAGCAGCGUCUGCUUGUGGUGUAUCGACAGAAGCUCGCUCGCCUUGAGAAGCAGCAGUUGCAUUUAAAUGCCCUUACUGCGCGACUGAUCCGUUCGGCUUCUGCGACGCGGGCAAGAGGAACUCUCAUCAAAGAAAGGUCAUUUCAGCUGCAGCGGCAGUUGCAGCAGCAAGAAGCAGCAGCCAAGGCGCCAAGCAAGCGUAUUCCAGCUAUCUUGCGCCUGCCGCUGCCCACUUUCACCCCAUCAUGCACGACACCGGGGACAACACAGCAGCAGCAGCAACAACCGUUAGAUUUCUGGAGGCGUCUGCUGCGCCGGGCGCGACCUGCACGCCGUCGGGCUUCCCUGCCCUCAACGGUGGGUCUUGUAGGGCCUUCCAGUGCAUCGUCAGCUGCAGCAGUUGCAGCAGCUGCAGCAACUGCCGGGGAGAGCUCGGCUGCGUUCUCUCCGGGUACCACAGGAGAAAGGGGGGGCCCAGCAGGCGAGCCUGCAGCAGCAGCUGGAACAGCAGCACCUGAAGCAGCUGCAGUAGCAGCAGCAAUGUCUGCUGCAUCUGAGCUAUCGGAAGCAGUAGAGCGAUUUAGCAGCAGUAGACGGAGGAGGAGUUUGCCCUGCAGAACGGUUGAUCCUUUCUUUUGUCUUCAGCGUGGGGGACGGCGGAGACGCACAGCAGAGGAGCUCCUGCAGCAGGCGGAGGCGGCGUAUGCAGCUGCUGCUGCUGCAGGCGCUGCAGCACCAAAUCUAUGCCACGGGUCACUGCUGCAGGACCUCCACUGUCUCUCGCGCACUCUCUCUGUGGAAAUGCAACAGACGCAGCAACGGUUGCAUCUGGCGGAUAUGCUGCAGCAGAAACGACCGGCAGCAGCAGCAAGGCGGGGCUGGGAGUCGGCAGCAGCGCGCCUAUGCCCGCUGCCUCUGAGGGAGGGCUUCAGCAUCAGCGGACCCCUGAGCGGGCAUCAGCGCUUGAAUGCGGAGCUUCCUGGGGGCAAUGGCCUGGCUUCAUGCGUGGGAAGCAGGCAGAUGCCGGCUGUGUACACGGGUGCUCCUUUCCGCACUCCAGUGGCCGUCAGUGCUGCUCCGAGGGGUGUUGGGGUGAGGGGCCCUGCAGCUGCUGCUGUGGCGGUAUCUGUUGCCACUGAUGUAACUGCUGUAGCUGCAGCUGAAGGGAGCGGAGGGGCGAAGGUGGAGGGGGAAGUCGCUGGCGCCCCCGCAGCAGCGGCAGGAGCGGUUGUUGGGGCUACAUGGAGUGAAGAAGACAGCAGUUUACUGGAGGCAGAAACGGACUGUGAGUACCUCUUGGGCCGUCAGCUGCUCCCAUACGAGCGGAUGCUGCUAACGUAUCGCAUGCUAAAGAACAAAGGUGUGGGAGUGGCUGCAGGCGCCAACGGGGAGGCACAGCUAAUAGAGGAGUUGCUGCAGGCAAUCGGCGAUGGGGGCCCUGAGGGGGGCCCCUCCUUUUCGCUGGGUUCUGAGGGACUACCUGCUGAUGAGGAUUCGCAACGGUGGGCCUCCUGGACAGAAGACGCCGAGACAGACGCAGCAAAGGCCGAAUCCCUGCUGCUGCUUGUGCAAGAGCUGCAGCAAGCAGACCUGCAGCAGCUCACACACGUGGCCAAUGCAAUACCCACCAGCAGCAAACGCCCCAUGCAGAAAGAGGAGACAUUCUUGCAUGCCUUUUUCGGAGAACCUACAGUCACCCCCGACUACGCCUUCCAGGCCCCCAAAGAGGGGCCUCCGGACCAACUUGGGGCCACAGCGGAGGCACUGGCUGAUGUCCCCCAGGCGGGUUCCCCUGAAGAAACUCCGAAGGGUUCAUUGUCAGGAGGGGGUCUUAUGGGUCCAGAGGAGAUGACGGUAGGGACACAGGGAGAAGAUGGAGCAGACACAGGGGAAGGCAGUAAGAAACAGUUUCCGACAGCAGAGUUUCUGUACAGGGCACACUACGUGCUGGGCCCCUGGCGCAGCAGCUUGAUAGGGAACAGUCAACAGCUGCCUAGAAGCCACAAGCGCUAA